UGCUUGUGUCCGCCCAUAUUCCUGCUCUUCCCGCCGCCGCCGGGGGCCUUUCCCACCCACCGGCGAUGCUCUUCUCGGCGUUCUCGCGGCGGCUUCUCCGCCGUAAUUCGGCUCUGACAAUCUCCUCCUUCCUCGCCACCGCCUCCGUUGCUCGCUUCCCUCCGCCAACAACGCCGUCGGAUCACAUCGUGGAAGUUCCCGACCCUCCCUCCGUCCCCUGGCAUCCUACCUUCCUAGGUGCUCCUUCCUGGAGAUUCUCUCGGAGUUUCUCGGAGGGAGUCCUCCCCAAAACCAUAAACUACAGGAGCCAUGGCGACGCUGAUGGAGACGACCUCCUCGUUUGCCCCGGUUGCGGCGUCUACUUGCAGGACGAGAACCCCAAGCUACCCGGUUUUUUCAUCAAACCCUCGACGAAGACUCCCAAAUUCUGUUUCCUUUCCGAUGAUGAGGACCGCAAGCCGGAAGACGCCAGCGUUAGUUCCAAUCCGGUUGAAGAGAAGCCGGUUGUCUGCUCUCGGUGCCACUCGUUGCGAUACUACGGCAGGGUGAAGGACGAGAGCGCAGAGAAUCUGCUGCCUGAUUUCGACUUCGAUUACUAUCUAGGACACCGUCUGUCGAGUUCGACUGGGAGCCGGUCGGUGGUCAUGAUGGUCGUGGAUGCCUCCGAUUUCGACGGGUCGUUUCCCCGGCGAGUCGCGAGGUUGGUGUCUAACACGAUUGAGGAGGACUCUGCGGCGUGGAAGAAGGGGAAACCCGGGAACGUGCCGCGAGUUGUGCUCGUCGUGACGAAGAUCGACCUCCUGCCGUCGAGCAUCUCGCCGACGAGGCUGGAGCAUUGGGUGCGGCAGCGAGCAAGGGAAGGGGGAUCCAACAAGUUGACGAGCGUUCACCUCGUAAGCGCAGUGCGCGAUUGGGGAAUGAAGAAUCUGAUAGAGGAUAUCAAAGAACUGGUGGGGACGCGGGGGAAUGUCUGGGCAGUUGGGGCACAGAAUGUGGGGAAGUCGACGCUGAUCAACGCGAUAAGCAAGCAGGUUAAGGGGAAGGUUAUGCACCUGACGGAGGCGCCGGUGCCGGGGACUACAUUGGGGAUCAUUCGGGUGGAGGGCGUGUUUCCCGGUCAGGCCAAAUUGUUUGAUACACCGGGCAUCCUGCAUCCUUAUCAGAUUACGACGAGGUUAACGAGAGAUGAGCAGAAGUUGGUUCACAUCAGUAAGGAGCUUAGGCCAAGGACUUUCAGAGUGAAGGCUGGCUAUGCAGUUCAUAUAGGUGGACUACUGAGGCUGGACGUGGAAGAGGCAUCAGUUGAUACCAUUUAUCUUACAGUCUGGGCAUCUCCUUAUAUCCCACUUCAUAUGGGCAGGAUUGAGCAUGCAAGCACAAUGGUGGAAGCUCAUUUUGGUCGACAGUUACAGCCACCAAUCGGUGAAAAACGAGUUGGCGAACUUGGAAAAUGGAUCAGGCGGGAAUAUAAAGUUUCUGGAGCCAGUUGGGACGUGAACUCCACAGAUGUGGCUGCUGCUGGGCUUGGUUGGUUUGCCAUAGGAUUGAAGGGAGAGGCUGUUCUUGGUGUAUGGUGUUACGAUGGAAUUGAUAUCACGGUGCGCAGUGCAUUAAUCCCUGACAAAGCAAAAAUGUUUGAAACUGCUGGAUUCACAGUCUCAAAAAUUGUGUCAAGGGCUGACAAAGCCAUGAACAAGACUCGUCGUGAUGAAAAGAUGAAGCAAAACGAAGGGCCUAGUGAAAGAGUUGGCAGUGAUCAGUCAUUACCUCUGGACAAUCCGGAUGCUCAUUCCUGUUGAUACUUCUUCCACCGUGGCGGUGGCUGCAUUGGUGAUCUCCCCACUCUCAAGAACAUGCCAUGUGUGCUUCAUGGUAAAGCUGUUGAUGGAAGCAGCGUCUUGUCUAUCAUAUGCUAGCGUAAAGUGGUCUAGGGAAACAUGGAGUGCUAAAAACAGAGGAAAUGAGCUACACAUGUUGAUAACGUGAUCAAGCAUUGGGAGACCGACAUGAUAUUACUCUGGGCAACUGGCGUCAUUGACUGGUACAAACAGCUAUCAAGAAACAAAACAUGGAAACUGAGUGCGAGAAGGUUACAUCACACGAUGAUGACAAGUCAUGCUUCACACUGAGGAUCUUAUGGAUGACCAGUGGUCGAAGGUUUUAUGCAGGACCGAUGAUUGAACACAGAGCUUUCUAAAUUAUUUAUAAGACCUGCAACUCAUCCAGCUCAUUUGGCAGGAGUGGAGAUAUGGACGGCAAGAAUAGGAUGGACUGCAAGAUGCUGUUGCUGCUUCGUCGUAUGUAUCCGGAACUCCACUUUCAUAAAGGUUUGGCCACAUGCACAAAGGCUUACAAUUUUUUAUAUGCCACAAUGAAUUUUUUGUUAUUCCGAUGGGUGUUCAGUUAUUAUGCUUUCAAGCAUGGGCGUCAUUUCCAAAUUUUGCUGUCUUCCUCAUCCAUGUUCGGUCCUUCCAUGGUCGAGUCCAGCCAUGAAGCAUGAUACGUUACCAUGUCCUUUCAAAGGCUUACAGCAACAAGUGUAGUGCACAGUGGAUUCAUUCGUUGAUGUUCUGAUCCAUUACUGCAUGCUUGCGCAUAAGAAUGAACGCUUCACAAGUGUCUGGCUAGUGGAGAGCUUCACUUAUCCCUCGAGACUGACUGAGCAUGUAAGGUUAAGUUGAUACCAUCACGGGGUUGGAACUCUUAGGUGUAAGUCCCUUUUUACGAAGGUUGUGCCGCGUAAACUCACUGCACAACUUUUUCUUUUCACGAUUCUAGUUAUAUAAGUACAUAUUCUGGUGCGCUUAUUCUUUUCUGGUCAGUAACUGGAUGAGACUACCGCGUUUUAAGUGGAUGAGAAAAAGUUUACCGUAGUUGAGAUCGUUAGAGGUCCUCCUAAUCCUAUGGUCUUUCUUCUCAAUGUCCUGGUUAGUUCGAAACGGUAGAGGCAGGAUGCAGUCUUUUCUGUAUACUGGGUCGCAGUUGUUCCCCAAGUUGGGAAAUAGAAAGACAGGAAACAUCUUCUGACCCUUUCAUGAACUGUUGACCACAUGCUAGAAUGUUCUGCUUUAUUGCUGUUAAGAGAGAAUUUGUAUAUGCGAUGAUCCAUCUAUUGUGUAGGCAUCGCUGCAUAUUUUUCAGCUCUGCUGUUAUUUCACCUGAGCUUUGUCACGGUGUUUCCUUUGAGGCAGUUAAGCUCACCAAUGUUGUUAAUAUUGGUAACAGUGUUGUACCUGUUUGCUCAAAUUGUACCUGUUUGCUCAAAGGUGCCCAUAAGCAUUGCGUCAUCUUAGCUUGUAUUGACUUAUUUUUAAUUUUUGAAUUAGAAAUAUUUUCAGUGUA